AUGAAACUACCAGCGUCAUCUGGCAUCAGGUACACGGCAGGAAACAAAGAGUUUUUCUUGCUAGAAUCAGGUGACGCUCCUUUUGCGUCAGUGCCAUUGAGUGUCAGAAAAAACAUGACAACCACAGCUUUUUCUUCGGAAACGUCGGGAAAUGGGGAAGAAGGCCCUGCCGAGUCACGAACUGCUGGCGAAACAGAUACGACAGUCUUUGACGGCGACGACGGGAAAACCCCGAGGGCGCAGGAGUACAUACCGAAUCGAAGACCAAGUUCCAGGUCUUGUCUGACUCAAGUGGAUGCUUAUUUCGACCCUGAAUAUGACAGUAUGGUUUUGGACCCUUUGAAAGCUGCUUGGGCUGAUUGUGCUAUAAUGAUGUUGGGUGGGAAACCGUUCAUUUCCUUGGAUAUUCUUGAUCCGGGAACAUCCUCUGGCAACCCUCCGGGUCCGCGACCCAGGCCCACUCCAAGACCCGAUCGAAAUCGGAGACCUCCGACUUACUACGUUCGAAGUGACCCAAGUGGAUCGUGGGGACCCGCGGCUUCACGCAAUAAUCAGGAAGAAGAUUCUCGUCAACCGGAAAUAAAUCCACGGAUAACUGCAGAACUGCGGCCAGCAAUAACAGAGCCUGAAUCGCGUAGGCAGAGCGAUGGUUUGCCGAGCUACGGGCUUACUUUCAAAUUCACGCAUUAUACAAUUAUUCAAAUGAAACCGUCGGCAAUAGCUUCAGGUUACUUCAGCCAGCAGCAGUACGAUGACCGAAGAAGACCCGUUACUCAAAGACCAUCCAGUGAACGACAGAGAAUCUUGCAGGAAAUUCAGACGUGUUUUUUGCUGAAAAAGGAAUUCAUGAAACUUCAGGGAGGCACUUUGAGGAAUGCGCAGCCAAACACAGAUGUCAUCUCUGAUCUCAUUAGCUCGAUGUCGGGAAAUCAGGAGGUGAAAGACGAAUUGAUUGAAUUCAAUGAAAACUGUUCCCGUGGAGGAAGAAGGGCAACCCAGUACACCUCGUGGUUCGACUGCUUCAAGGGAAAAGCCUGCUCUGUCUCAACUGCUCAAGAAAGCGACUAUUUGGAUAUCAAUCGAGAAUUGGACGAAGGCAUUCCGCUUCCGAACGAAGACAGAAAAGCUGAAGGCACAUCAAAGGAUUCCUCGUUACCUGCUUGAAAUUCAAAAUCAUCCCGAGCUUUUGUCCAAUAUUUGUGAAAAAUGUUUGUUCAGUUGUGUAUCUAUACAUGUGUUCUGCAUAAUAAACAAUCACCGGCUCAUUUUCCA